CAGCGCGAGCGGCGCCGUCACAAAAGGAAGUGGCGGCGGCGGGGCCGUCAGCGCGGGGAGGGGCGGGGGCGGCACCGGCACCACCGGCACCGGGACCACCGGGAGCGGCACCGGGAGCGAGGAGGCGGCCGCGGCGGGGGCCGCGCCGCGCCAUGGCCCAGCAGCAGAUGAGCAGCUCGCAGAAGGCGCUGAUGCUGGAGCUGAAGUCGCUGCAGGAGGAGCCGGUCGAGGGCUUCCGCAUCACCCUGGUCGACGAGUCCGACCUCUACAACUGGGAGGUGGCGAUCUUCGGGCCCCCCAACACGCUCUACGAGGGCGGGUACUUCAAGGCUCACAUUAAAUUUCCUAUUGACUAUCCAUAUUCACCACCUACCUUCAGAUUCCUGACCAAAAUGUGGCACCCCAACAUUUAUGAGAAUGGAGAUGUAUGUAUUUCAAUUCUUCACCCACCUGUAGAUGACCCACAAAGUGGAGAGCUACCGUCAGAGAGGUGGAACCCUACCCAAAAUGUCAGGACUAUCUUACUGAGUGUAAUCUCUUUGCUUAAUGAGCCCAACACAUUCUCCCCAGCCAAUGUGGAUGCGUCAGUCAUGUUCAGGAAAUGGAGGGACAGUAAAGGAAAAGACAAGGAGUACGCCGAAAUCAUAAGGAAACAGGUUUUGGCUACCAAAGCUGAGGCAGAGAAGGAUGGCGUGAAGGUCCCCACUACACUGGCAGAGUACUGCAUCAAAACUAAAGUGCCUUCCAAUGACAACAGUUCAGAUUUGCUUUACGACGACUUGUACGACGACGACAUUGACGAUGAAGACGAGGAGGAGGAGGAUGCCGACUGUUACGAUGAUGAUGAUUCUGGCAACGAGGAGUCGUGACCUGCUCCCUCUAUGCCCCUGUACUGCCCUGCCGACUCAGGCCAGAAGGGAGCAGCGGUAACCUAGCAGCAGUCCAGCAAAAAAGUGGGGGGGGGGGGUGUCAAAAAAAAACAAAAACAAAAAAAAAAAAAAACCCAACACAAAACUUUGUCUCCUGCUGUCUCCUGUUGUAUGGAUCUGUUCGCUCCUUUUUUAUGGACCUCUUAGAGACCCUCCACAGAAUGUCUGAAUUCUUGCAUUCUUAACCCUUUCAUCACUGUAUUACAAUUUCUUUUUAAAAAAGAAACUCCCCUUUUCACUUCUCUACGAAAUGCUCACAGCAAAACAGGUUUGCUUGUGUUUAGAUUCUUGAAUUAAAUACAGUCUUGCAUUGAGAUGUUUAAUGUAUUUAAAGCUGGAACAAACCCAUUGGAAGCCGGGUUUUUGGGAGCUCAAAGUGCUGCAUUUACUGGGAAGAAAAAAAAAUCCCCACGAAGCAAAUUGCCAAGGUUUAGCUGCUCCAUUUACAAUAAUAGCGUGUGUACAUUCGUUUAGCCUUGUGGUGGUGGCUUUUCCUUUAUAAGGUGUGGGGCGGAGAGUGUAAAGCUACUGUGUGUUGAGCUUGAUGGGAUGUCACUGAAAGGUACAGUAUUCCUUUUCAGCCUGCUAAGUUAGGAAAUAGCUGGCCCCUGGAGCCCCAGAGGGCACAAUCAGCUUUGUCUCUGGAAAAGGCUUGUGAUAUGAACCUAAAAUAAACACUUAACACUUCACAUCUGUACAACUGAGCCCUGGGUUGCUAUUUCUUUUUUUUUUUUAAUUUUUUUUUUCGUUUUUUUUUUAUUUCUCAGACUAGGAUAGGGUUGAAAAAGUUCAUUUUACUGCCUGCUGGGGCUCGUGUAGGUCACCUGUGGGCAGGUGCGGCUCUGCACGGCCAAGUAGAAACAUCUGACGUGCACUUGCUUAGACGUAGGUUUGUCUACACAGAAAAGGUAAUUAAGUAUAUGGGAGACAAAAAGGUUUAUGAUUUCGAAAAAGACAAUCCAGGUUAUACAGUGUGAGAUCCUCUCUCCGUGAUGAUGUCUGGAAUUCUGCCCACCUUUCAUUGGCAUUGACUUCCAUUCUAAUUCGUUGUCUAAACACGGAAAGCUGAAGUUAUUGGGGUUUCAACUACACACGAAAGAGCUCCUAAAAGAGGGGAAUUCUGUUUGUUCUCCUCCAGCACUUGCAUUUUUAUGGAGGCAAAUUCUUUACUGUGGUUUUUCAGCAGAGUGGUGAGAGGUAGCAAAGCCCAGAUUUUUCUUUCUUUUAUUUUUAUUUUUAAGAUAAGUACUUCGCAUGUAUUUCCCAGAUGAAUUCAGAGAAGAGCCCGCGGGGCCGGCGGAGUUCGGAGCUCGCUUUGGGCCCGCGGCGUGCCGGGCUGUGUGCCGCGGGCAGUGCUGGGCUCUCCCCUGCCCCGGGGCGCAGCGGUGCGUGCAGCCCCACAGAGCAGGCCAGCAGCAGGUUUCGACAGGCUCUUCAGCAGUUGCUUCAGCUGAUGCCCUGAGCUCAGCCUCCCGCAUGUUUUUGGGAGCCCUUGGCAGAGCUUAGGGCGCUCCGUCGUGGGCAGCGGGAUGCUGCAUGUUCCUGUCGCAGACCCCUCAGGCUCUCGGCUCUGCCCCCGUUACAGCGGGCUUGUGUUUGGCGGUGCCCCGAGUUUCCCUUUCGCAAGAUCCCUGGAUCGGCAGCCGGGCCUGGCAGCCCCGGGAGCAGUUCGGAGGUGCUGGCCCUGCUUGGGCGGGACCCUCGGUCCCCACAGGUACAGGGGCAUCGCCCUGACCGGAGCCUGCGCCUCCCCUCCGUGUGUCUCAGGGUUUUCCAUGGUACGUCCCCGGCUGCGGGUCCCUCGGGGGUGCUUCGGUGGGAACGGCCUUUGUUCUGGAUCCGCUCCGUGGCUGCGUCCCGGGGCACGACCGAGCGAAAGCUCCGAGUGCGCCGCCCGGACGGGGAGGAGAGGAAGGCCCUCGGGGCUCCGCGUGAAGUGAGCGAGGCAGGGCUGUUUCCUAAGCGUUACUUGGCCGGGGUUUGCAGGGACAGUCCCUUCCCCGGCGGUGCAUCCCUCUCUCCGAGUGGCGAUUCCUUGCGCCCGGCGCUCCCUCGGCCGCCCGCCCUCCUGCUUGCAUGUCCCCCGGGAAGGCAGCUGCACCCUCCUGGGUUGACAGCCUUCUUCCAGAAAGGACUUAGCCCCAGGUGCUUUCUGGAGCCUGCAGCGGGGCUCCCCUGCCUUUAGUGACAGUGUGGGGCGCCCCCGGCUUCACACCAGCCCUGCGAGGGCAGCCCCAGCAAAAUGGGCCCCUGAUGCUCCCGGCUGCAGGACCGGACCCGGGGCCACGCCAGGGCAGGGACACCACCCUCCAACUGUCAGGCGGCUGUGGGGGGUGAAGGAGCAGUGUGGCAACACUGGCUUUGCUGACGACUUGGUUGAAAAUGAGGAUACUGCAUCUUUCAGGAUUUCCCUUGUACUUUUGACCGUCUUCACUGUAUACUCUCCAGUGACUUGUAUUUCCAAGCUUGGUGUUGUAAGAUGCAUUAUUAUGACUCUUCUGUUACCCUUUUUUAAUGACAAAAAAGCAACCUCUUUUGAAAGCUCCGACAUUAACCAGACUAAUUUCUCUUCCCCACUGUCCUGUGCAGUGUCAUUGCUUGUUGACUUGCUGGUUUCCUUUUUUUGAAAUACAACUGAAGUAUGAGGGGAUUUUUUUGAAACUAUUUAAGAGAUUGCAGAAAAAAUGUUUACCUGCUCUGUGUAUUCUGGGUUUUUCUUAACCCCUUUUCUCCUGUUUCAGUCAAUAUUAGCGUUUACAUUUGCAGCUACAUGUCCCUCCAAAUGCAGUUUUCAACCAUUCUGAAACCAGCAGGGUACACUAGAUUUCUUAGUAGUUUUCUUAGCUGAACUCCCAGAUCUUUUCCUUUUUUUUCUUCAGUAUAAUUUACCAGAGAGAAUUAACUGAUGCAUUUUUGUGUUGUCUUCUCCUUCAGUAGUUAUAUUUUGUCUUUUCUGCACAUCUGUCUACUAAUAAAAAUGUGAAAUGAAAAUA